AUGCGUCUGCAAACCGCUGCGGAUGCACUCCGCUGCAAGACCUUCCCCAUGUUUCUGAAGGGGAAGGCCCGGCUCUGGUUCCAGAGCCUGGCACCGGGGUCUAUCCGGAGUUUCGCAGAGCUGGCCAGACAGUUCGUCGUCCAGUUCGUCUCCUCCAAGACUUACUCGAAAAACGCGGCUCACCUGUUGGCAAUCAAGCAGAAGCCGGACGAGUUCCUGAAGAGUUUCAUGACCCGCUUCAACACAGAGAGCCUGCAGAUCAGGGACAAGGAUGAAAAGGUGGUCAUGGCCGCCUUCGUAAACUGGCUCAGGGUGGAAGAGCUCUUCUACAAACUCGCCGAGAAGCCUCCCGUUAACCUAGAAGAACUCUUGACCAGGGCGCACGCGGCCGCUAACGCGGAGGAGGCUGGUCGCUUAAAGAGAGAAUCAGAUCGGGAGCUCGGAGAUCGGAAAGGACGGGCAAACCCUCCCGAGAACAAGGAUGGCCAGGCCAAGAGGACUGUUUUCGACCGGCUCUCAAAGGAUAAAGCCCCCGCUCAAUCGCCACUCCCAGAAAAAGGCUACACCCCUCUCACUCGGCCCAGAGCCCAGGUUCUGGCCGUCAUAGAGGCGGAGGGCCUGGUAGGGCGACCACCUAAGAUGGGGACGCCUCGGAACAAGAGGAACCAAGACCGCUACUGUGCCUUCCACCGUGACGUGGGGCACGAUACGGAGGGAUGUUCGGCCCUGCGGAAGGAGAUCGAAGACCUGAUUCAGCGGAGUUUCCUGGGACAGUUCGUGCGGCCAGGUUGGCCGGGCCAGGAGCCAGGACACGGGGACCGGGGGAGGCCCAUCGUCGCGACUGCCCUGAGCGCCGCGACUUCCCUCGGGCCGACAACCCCGACCCGGACACCCACAACCUUGCCGGGGUGA